AUACAUCAUGAUUUAGGUGAUUUGAUCGUCCACGGAUUCUCAACAAUAUGAAACUAUUGUUGCUUAGUCGACUGGAGUUGUCCUUCUUCCAUAUUCACGAGGAUAUGCCCAAACUAUGGAUCAGAUGAGGCGAACCAGCAGCAGUAGUACCGUUUCAGACCAACAUCACAUUUGCGUUUCCUUCCUUGGUGGGGACUUGUUGCAUUUAAAGGUGAUGGUGGUGAAAGAGAUGAGCUUUUGCUGUCAUGAAGCGGACAUCAAAGCCUCGCCCCCAAAGCGAACGCGCCUUUUCCAAACUGAGUUCUCUGCUUUAAAUUCCUUUGGCUGCUCUAUCCAUUUGCUUGAGAUGGCACACUAAUGCAAAGGAAUGAACUGCUUGCCCCCUCUUAUAUAGCCUCAACCCUGCCUCCUCUCUCCACCCUGCUCCUCUCUCUCUCUCUCUCUCUCUCUCUCUCUCUCUCUCAGACACACAUAUGAUGGGCGAAGUCGACGAAGCAGCAAGUAUUAAGCUUUUCGGGGCAGUGAUCCUAAAGGAAGAUAGACAAGCCAAGGAGAAGAAGGAGGCGCAGGACGAGGCGGCGGCGGCCAGGGAGGCGGCGGCCGCGGUGGCGCUGCCGUGCCCGCGGUGCAAGAGCAAGGAGACCAAGUUCUGCUACUUCAACAACUACAAUGUGAACCAGCCGCGGCACUUCUGCAAGGCCUGCCACCGCUACUGGACGGCCGGGGGCACGCUACGGAACGUCCCCGUGGGCGCCGGCCGCCGCAAGGUUCGCCGAGCCCCCCACGGCGGCGUCUCCGCCACCGCCGGCCCCGCCACCUGCGUCUUGGAGCACCCUUCCCCUCCCUACCUGGCUGCGCGCUGGCUCCUGCGGCCGGAGGCGCCUCCGAGGGCUGACUACGGCACUUUCAACGGUGGACUCUGUUGACUUCUCGGUGGUCGUGUGUUCAUGAUGUGCAUCUUCUUUUUCUUUAUGCUUUGUUAUGAUUAAUGUGUUCAGCUUUCAGCGAGAAAGGAGAUCUGUGUUCCAUUGGAACCUGCAACACUUGGGAAUUGAGCUG